GAGACCAAUUACCUCUUUAUGGGCGACUUCGUGGAUCGGGGCUUCUACAGCGUGGAGACCUUCCUGCUGCUGCUGGCGCUCAAGGUGCGCUACCCCGACCGCAUCACGCUCAUCAGGGGCAAUCACGAGAGCCGGCAGAUCACGCAGGUGUAUGGCUUCUACGACGAGUGUCUGCGCAAGUACGGCUCCGUCACCGUGUGGCGAUACUGCACCGAGAUCUUUGACUACCUCAGCCUGUCGGCCAUCAUCGAUGGCAAGAUCUUCUGUGUCCACGGGGGCCUCUCCCCGUCCAUCCAGACGCUGGAUCAGAUCCGCACGAUCGAUCGCAAGCAGGAGGUGCCGCACGAUGGGCCCAUGUGUGACUUGCUCUGGUCUGACCCCGAAGACACGACGGGCUGGGGCGUGAGCCCGCGGGGCGCCGGGUACCUCUUUGGCAGCGACGUGGUGGCCCAGUUCAAUGCCUCCAACGACAUAGACAUGAUCUGCCGCGCCCACCAGCUGGUCAUGGAGGGCUACAAGUGGCACUUCAAUGAGACCGUGCUCACCGUCUGGUCGGCCCCCAACUACUGCUACCGGUGCGGGAACGUGGCCGCCAUCCUGGAGCUGGACGAGCACCUGCAGAAGGAAUUUAUCAUCUUUGAAGCUGCCCCCCAGGAAACCCGGGGGAUCCCCUCCAAGAAGCCCGUUGCUGACUACUUCCUGUGACACCCCCCCCCAACCUGGGCUGAGGCAGCCCCUGGCUUCCCCUGCUGGGGGAUUUGGGGGCACUUGGGGGGCUGAUCCAGGCCCCGCUCGUUCCCUGGGGUGUCGAAUGUGGGGCCACCCAGAAUCCAGCCCUGCUCUGGGUUGAACUGACUGUUACCUCCCUGCCCCCGUCUCGGUGUUACCCUCCCCCUCUGCAGCACCCCCAAAUCGACAGCUGAUUUUGCCAGGCUUCAGUCCCCCGCCUCUUAUUUAAUAUCAGGUUCCCUCCCCCCUGCAACCCUGGC